AUGAAGAAUCAACGAUGGCGUGCAGCAUCUGCUGUGUUGAAUGAUCAAAUGUGUGUAGCAGGAGGAAUGGAUGAUGAUAAUAAUGUAUUAUCAUCAGUUGAAUUAUACAAUCCAGUGGUGAAUACAUGGACAAACAUUGCUCCAAUGCAAACUGAACGAUGGCAACAUGCUCUUGUUUCUUAUAAGGGUCGCUUGUACUCGUUUGGUGGAUUUGAUGAUGGUGCAAACGAUUUAAAUUCAAUGGAAAGUUUUGAUCCAAGAGAAGGGAUAUGGAAAUCACUGAAACCAAUGAAUGAGGAAAGACGUGGAUUGUGUGGUGUUGUUUACAAUGAUGAGAUUUACGCCAUUGGUGGUUAUGGAUUAAAAAGCGUAGAGCGGUAUAACAUACGAACCAACACUUGGACCAAUGUUAGCAGCUUGAACCACACGCGAUUUGGUUCUUGUGCUUGUGUUGUGAAUGGGAAGAUAUACGUCAUUGGAGG